CCAAAGAUCCCGAACUCAGUUCAUUUUUUUAUUCGUAGUCUCUUGGAUGUUAUCAAAGAUUUCAGUAGUUUUUUAUUAUUCCCAAGUAAUCGGUUCGAGUUUGAUCAGCAGUAAAGACCCCACAACCAGGAGUUUAGCAAGUAUUUUAACCAGCAAUGGACAACACGGCAGCCAGGGUGGUGUACGCCAAUCAUUUCUAUGCCCACAACUACACCGGAGCAACCAUCCAGCAGCAGCAAUCACAAGCGCAGCUCCAGAAUCCGAGUCACCAGAUGUAUCACGCCAGCUAUAUGGACCUUAAUCUCAAUCUCAGUCUUGGCCACAAUUCCAAUCCUCAAGCGAGUGUGGGUUCCGGCCUGAGUCCCCGGGGGGUUUACAAUGAUCUCUAUCGAUUUGAGGAUGGCGGUGGCGAUGCCAGUGGAUCCUUGUUACUUGGUCAAGAUGAAGACCACUUUUGUGGAGGCGGCGGUGGAGAGGAGGAGGCGAUAUCACCCUCUUCCUCAGUGGUGGCCAGCACCUCAUCCUCCUGCCCCACGACCUCGGGAGAGUCCUUGAACCUGGAGACGGAGACAAACCAGAGGGAGCAAGGAGAGAUGACGGAACUUGAAGAUCUAAAUGAGCUGACCCAUCGACCGCCCUUCUCACCCAACAUGGGUGGCAACACAUCCUACAUGGUCUUCCCGCGCACCGCAGCCGACUUUAUGCCCCGCCUGCCGCUACCCAGGCAUCCGCCCUUCAUGAACGUUGGCCAGGAGCAGUUCAUCAUUCAGCAGGACACCGUAUUUGUCCUGGGAAUGCGACUCAAUGUGACCAAGAAUGAUAUUAUCAUGUAUUUCGGAAAACUGGGCAUGAUCAAGAUGGACGAGGGAACGAAUAAACCGAAGAUUUUCGUCUACAAGAACAAGAUGACGGGUCGGUCAAAGGGUGAGGCCACCAUUACCUACACCAGUCCCUUCUCCGCCCAGGCGGCUAUCAGUUGCUUAAGUGGUGCCAAGUUCAUGGGCCAACCGCUGACCGUCCUGCCCGCUUAUUUGUCCACCAGAAGGGGCAGUGUCCGCUACAGUUAUCCAAGGGAGUUGAACACAGCGGAUCAGCAGCGUCGCCAGCGGGUGCAGAAAUGGAAGCCGGCGAGCGAUAAUUGGGUGUGCAUGCUGUGCAGGAAUAGCAAUUUUGUUUGGCGCUCCAGCUGCAACAGGUGUCAGGCGUCCAAGAUAGCCGCUGCCAAGGAUCAGGGAGGAUCGGGCAGCAAUGCCCGUCGCUGGCGGCCACAGAAGACCGAUUGGCCCUGCGGUUUCUGUUUUAAUCUGAAUUUCUGGUAUCGCGUCAAGUGCAAUCGAUGCCACGCCCCGCGCUCCGAUGAUCCGCCGCCGCCCAGCUCGGAAACUCAGGAGCAGGAUCAGGAGGAGGCCGAGGAGGAGGAGGAUACCUGGGAGCUGUUGCUCAAUCAACCCAAUGCGGAGUAGGGCCAACCAUCCCAUCCCCAUCCCAUUUGUGUAUGUAAACGUAUCUCGUACCCGUUACCGUUUGUGUAUCUCAGCAUCCGUUUGUACGUGUCUAUUGACGAACCACAGUUCUACUUUCCUCGAAAAAUUUAAAGUGAUUGGAACUUUGAAUCCCGCUCUCAAACGCAGCUAAAAACCAAAAAGAAGAAAGCAACCACAAACUCCCGAAAUUCCUGUUUAUGUCAGAUCUUAAAAAGAGCUCUUCCAAU